AUGACCGCCUCCAAGAUCGACGGCAGCGCCAUUGCCAAAUCCCUCCGAGAACGCAUUGGCAAGGAAAUCGCCGAGAAGAAGGCCAACAACCCUCGCUACCAGCCGAGCCUGGUCAUCAUCCAAGUUGGCGAGCGUCAGGACAGCUCCACCUAUGUUCGUAUGAAGAUCAAGGCCUGCGAGGAGGCCAACAUCGAGUGCAAUCUCCAGAAGUACGACGAGUCCAUCACAACCUACGAGCUGCUCGAGAAGGUCGAGCACUUCGCCAAUGACUCUACCGUCCAUGGAAUCCUCGUCCAACUGCCCCUCCCGAAGCACAUCGACGAGUACGAAGUCACCUCGGCCGUCCCAGACUCGAAAGACGUCGAUGGAUUUGGAGGUGCCAACAUUGGCGAGCUUGCAAAGAAGGGCGGAAAGCCCCAAUUCGUGCCAUGUACGCCCAAGGGUGUCAUGGCCCUUCUGAAGGAGAGCGGUGUUGAUCCCAAGGGCAAGAACGCUAUCGUCAUUGGACGCUCCGAUAUCGUCGGUGCACCUGUGAGCUAUCUGCUGAGAAAUGCCGAUGCCACAGUCACUGUCUGCCACUCCAAGACUGCAGACUUGAAGGGAGUCGUCAAGACAGGAGACAUUGUCGUGGCAGCUCUCGGCAAGCCUGGCUUCAUCAAGGGAGACUGGCUGAAGCCGGGUGCUGUUGUCAUUGACGUUGGCACAAACUCCAUCCCGGACGACACUAAGAAGUCUGGUCAGCGGCUUGUAGGUGAUGUCGACUGGGACUCCGCUGUGGAAGUUGCAAGCCAGAUUACUCCUGUUCCAGGUGGUGUUGGCCCAAUGACUGUGGCCAUGCUUCUAUCCAACGUCGUAGACUCUGCGAACUCCUACGCCGAACGCCAGAAGACUCGCAAGAUCGUCCCGUUGCCGCUGAAGUUGAAGCAGCCUGUCCCGUCCGACAUUGCGGUGUCUCGUGCUCAACAUCCAAAGCUCAUCAACAAGGUCGCUGCAGAGGUUGGCGUAGCGCCCCACGAAUUGGAGCCGUUCGGUGCGUACAAGGCCAAGGUCUCGCUUGACGUGUUGAAGCGUCUGCAACACCGCCAGAAUGGUCGCUACAUUCUGGUUGCUGGCAUCACACCUACUCCUCUUGGUGAGGGUAAGAGCACAACCACCAUUGGUCUUACCCAGGCCCUUGCUGGCCAGCUUGGCCGAGUUGCCUUUGCCAAUGUCCGCCAGCCUUCCCAAGGACCUACCUUCGGCAUCAAGGGAGGUGCUGCCGGUGGUGGUUACAGUCAGGUCAUUCCGAUGGACGAGUUCAACUUGCAUUUGACCGGAGAUAUUCACGCAAUCACCGCAGCCAACAACCUCCUGGCUGCUGCAAUUGACACGAGAAUAUACCACGAGGCCACUCAGCCAGAUGGUCCCCUGUACCGCCGUCUCGUUCCUGAGAAGAAGGGCAAGCGCGAGUUCCCAGCCGUCAUGUUCAAGCGACUAAAGAAGCUUGGCAUUGACAAGACCGACCCUAAUGAGCUCACCGAGGAGGAAAUCAAGAAGUUCGCCCGACUCGAUUUCGACAUCGAUACUAUCACGUGGAAACGCGUGUUGGAUGUCAAUGAUCGUCAUCUCAGAGGCAUCACGAUCGGUCAAGCUCCAACUGAGAACAAGGUUGAACCACGAAAGACCAGCUUUGACAUUUCUGUUGCUUCCGAGUGUAUGGCCAUUCUUGCCUUGGCAACCGACUUGGCCGAUAUGAGGGAGCGUCUUGGCCGUAUGGUCGUCGCCUCCUCCAAGUCCGGUGACCCUAUCACAGCUGACGACAUUGGCUGUGGAGGAGCUCUGGCAGUCCUCAUGAAGGAUGCUGUCAAGCCAAACUUGAUGCAGACACUGGAAGGUACUCCGGUGUUCGUCCACGCAGGUCCUUUUGCAAACAUCAGUAUCGGCAACAGCUCCAUCAUCGCUGACCGCGUUGCUUUGAAGUUGGCUGGCACUGAGCCUGAGGAGGAGGCCGAACGCAACGAGAAGGUUGGAUUCGUCGUUACCGAGGCUGGUUUCGAUUUCACUAUGGGUGGUGAGCGCUUCAUGAACAUCAAGAGCCGUGCGUCUGGCCUAGUGCCAGAUGUUGCUGUCAUUGUGGCUACCGUACGCGCCUUGAAGGUCCACGGUGGUGGUCCGGAGAUCAAGGCUGGCUCUCAGCUUCCUGAGGUAUACCGCACUGAGAACGUCGAAGUUCUGCGCAAGGGCUGUAUCAACUUGGCCAAGCACAUCCAGAACGCCAAGGCUUUCGGUGUCAAUGUCGUUGUAGCCAUCAAUAAGUUCGAAACCGAUACCGAUGCCGAGAUGGAAGUCAUUCGCGAGGAAGCUCUUAAGGCUGGUGCCGAGGACGCCAUUACCGCCAAUCACUGGGCUGAAGGUGGCAAGGGUGCCAUCGAACUGGCCAAGGGCGUCAUCAAAGCCUCUGAGAAGAGCGAGCCUGAGAAGUUCAAGCUCCUCUACGACCUCAACGGUUCCAUACAGGAGCGCAUUGAAGCCAUCGCCAAGAACAUGUAUGGCGCUGCGUCGGUCACUUUCUCUGAGACAGCACAGAAGAAGGUCGAUGCCUACACCAAGCAGGGCUUCGCGAACUUGCCAAUCUGCAUUGCCAAAACGCAGUACUCACUCUCCCACGACCCAGCACUCAAGGGUGCACCAACUGGCUUCGAUGUUCCGAUCAGGGACGUCCGACUUGCCGCUGGUGCCGGGUAUCUCUUCGCUCUGGCUGCCGACAUUCAGACCAUUCCAGGUCUUCCAACUGCACCUGGCUACCUGAACGUCGAGAUUGAUGGCGAGACCGGCGAGAUCGAUGGCCUCUUCUAA